AUGACAGAAGUGAUGCAAAAUACAUGUAGCAGCUUUCAGCACUUUGUGUUACUUGAUACUACAGCUGCCCUUGGAGAACUAGGAUGGAAAACAUUUCCUUUAAAUGGGUGGGAUGCCAUAACUGAAAUGGAUGAACACAAUCGUCCCAUUCAUACUUACCAGGUAUGUAAUGUGAUGGAACCAAACCAAAACAACUGGCUUCAAACAAACUGGAUCUCCCGUGAUGCUGCACAGAAGAUUUACGUGGAAAUGAAGUUUACCCUGAGGGACUGCAACAGUAUUCCAUGGGUACUGGGAACCUGCAAGGAAACUUUCAAUCUCUACUAUAUGGAGUCAGAUGAGUCUCAUGGAGUAAAAUUCAAGACAAACCUGUACACUAAAAUUGAUACUAUUGCAGCUGAUGAGAGCUUUACCCAGAUGGACUUGGGUGACCGCAUUCUUAAACUCAACACAGAAGUUCGUGAGGUUGGGCCAAUAAAUAAGAAAGGAUUUUAUCUUGCUUUUCAGGACAUUGGAGCAUGUAUCGCUUUGGUCUCAGUCCGUGUUUAUUACAAAAAGUGCCCUUUCACGGUCCGUAAUUUGGCUAUGUUUCCUGAUACUAUUCCAAGGGUUGAUUCUUCCUCUCUGGUGGAAGUACGGGGCUCCUGUGUGAAGAGUGCUGAGGAACGUGAUACUCCAAAAUUGUAUUGUGGAGCAGACGGGGAUUGGCUUGUGCCUCUAGGACGAUGCAUCUGCAGUGUAGGAUAUGAAGAAGUAGAUGGCUCCUGCCAUGCUUGCAGGCCAGGAUUCUAUAAAGCAUUUGCUGGAAAUGUAAAGUGCUCCAAGUGCCCUCCACACAGUUUGACUUAUGUAGAAGCAACUUCUGUCUGUCAGUGUGAGAAAGGUUACUUCAGAGCUGAGAAGGACCCACCAACUAUGGCAUGUACCCGGCCACCUUCUGCUCCGAGGAAUGUGAUUUUUAACAUUAAUGAAACAGCUCUCAUGUUGGAAUGGAGCCCCCCGAGUGAUACUGGAGGAAGAAAAGAUCUCACUUACAGUGUCAUCUGUAAGAAAUGCGGGUCAGAUGCCAGCCAGUGUGAGAUUUGUGGGGGAGGUAUCCGUUUCAUCCCCAGGCACACAGGUCUCAUCAACUCCUCUGUGACAGUGCUUGACUUUGUGUCGCAUGUGAACUACACCUUUGAAAUAGAAGCCACAAAUGGGGUCUCAGAGCUGAGUUUCUCUCCCAAGCAGUUCACAGCUAUCACAGUUACCACAGACCAAGAUGCACCGUCCUUGAUAGGUAUGGUAAGGAAGGACUGGGCUUCCCAAAACAGCAUUGCCCUCUCUUGGCAAGAGCCGGACUUUCCCCAUGGAGCAAUUCUGGACUACGAGAUCAAGUACUAUGAGAAAGUCUACCCACGGAUAGCGCCGGCAUUUUGGCACUACCUGAGGGUAGAAGAGCAUGAGCAGCUCAGCUAUUCCUCCACAAGGUCCAAGGCUCCAAGUGUUAUCAUCACAGGUCUCAAGCCAGCCACCAAGUAUAUAUUUCAUAUCAGAGUCAGGACGGCAGCAGGAUACAGCGGCUAUAGCCAGAAGUUUGAAUUUGAAACUGGAGAUGAAACUUCUGAUAUGGCUGCAGAGCAGGGACAGAUUCUUGUAAUUGCCACUGCUGCUGUUGGUGGAUUCACUCUCCUGGUCAUCCUCACUUUGUUCUUCCUGAUCACUGGGAGGUGCCAAUGGUACAUAAAGGCCAAAAUGAAAUCUGAAGAGAAAAGAAGGGCUCAUUUGCAAAAUGGACAUUUACGUUUCCCGGGAAUCAAAACAUAUAUUGAUCCAGACACGUAUGAAGACCCAUCUCUUGCUGUCCAUGAGUUUGCAAAGGAGAUAGAUCCUUCAAGAAUUCGUAUUGAAAGAGUUAUUGGGGCAGGUGAGUUUGGAGAAGUAUGCAGUGGACGUCUGAAGACACCAGGAAAAAGAGAGAUACCUGUUGCAAUUAAAACUCUAAAAGGUGGCUAUGUGGACAGGCAGAGAAGAGAUUUCCUGAGAGAGGCUAGUAUCAUGGGACAAUUUGAUCACCCAAAUAUAAUUCGCCUUGAAGGAGUUGUUACAAAAAGCAGACCAGUAAUGAUUGUAGUUGAAUACAUGGAGAAUGGAUCCCUUGACUCCUUUCUGCGGAAGCAUGAUGGCCACUUCACAGUCAUCCAGUUGGUUGGCAUGCUGCGGGGGAUUGCAUCUGGUAUGAAGUACCUCUCAGACAUGGGCUACGUACACCGUGAUCUGGCAGCCCGUAAUAUCUUGGUCAACAGUAACCUCAUGUGUAAAGUCUCUGAUUUUGGUUUGUCACGAGUGUUAGAGGAUGAUCCUGAAGCCGCUUACACAACAAGCGGUGGAAAAAUCCCCAUAAGGUGGACUGCUCCUGAAGCUAUAGCUUACCGGAAGUUCUCUUCGGCAAGCGACGCAUGGAGCUAUGGGAUUGUAAUGUGGGAGGUGAUGUCCUACGGUGAGAGACCAUACUGGGAGAUGUCCAAUCAGGAUGUUAUACUCUCUAUUGAAGAAGGCUACAGGCUUCCAGCUCCCAUGGGGUGCCCAGCUUCUCUUCACCAACUAAUGCUUCACUGCUGGCAAAAGGAGAGGAACCACCGUCCAAAGUUUAGUGACAUUGUCAGCUUCCUAGACAAACUGAUCCGCAAUCCGAGCACCCUUCAUAACCUAGUGGAGGACGUACUUGUAAUGCCAGAUUCACCUGGUGAAGUUCCAGAAUAUCCUUUGUUUGUUUCAGUCAGUGACUGGCUGGAGUCCAUAAAAAUGGGUCAGUAUAAAAAUAACUUCAUGGCAGCAGGUUUCACAACUUUGGAUAUGGUUUCAAGAAUGAAUAUUGAUGACAUUAGAAGAAUUGGAGUUGUACUCAUUGGACACCAGAGACGAAUAGUCAGCAGUUUACAGACUUUGCGGUUACACAUGAUGCACAUACAGGAGAAAGGAUUUCAUGUAUGA